UUUCCGGAGAGCGUUUGUUGUUGUACGGUAUUUAUAUCUGUACCGUCUUCGCUUCGCAGUGGAGUGGAGAAGUUGUUGUUUUUUUUUAACACUUCCACCUGAAGCUGCAGCAGCAACAUGUCCCAGGCUCGAGUUACUGAUUUCUUUGCCCAGAGAAAGAAAGGCAUCGGCGGUCCGGUGAAACCAGCCAAGCAGCGCAGCCGCGGCUCCAGCGGGACCAGCACACGGUCAAGAUCCGCUAAAAGCAAGGACGCUCUCCUUUGUUCAUCCUCUAUCCACGAAGAGUUUGUCCGAGUUAUCGACGAGGCAGCGGGGCUAAACCACGAAGAGUCUUCUAUCUGCGACGCCGCCAAACAUGCCCCCUCCAGUCCCCGGACACCGAAGCGGACCUCGGCCGACGCGGAGUUUGACCUCGGGGCAGCCGUGUUCUCAGCCACCGCCGACCACAGCACGGCCAAGAAGAGGCGGCAAGUGGAGGCCGUCCGAGACGCUAAAGCUAACGUCCCGGAGAAAACUACGAGGAGGACGGCCAGGAAGAAACUAGUCCUCCCUCAAGACCCACCACAGGCUGCAGCCCAGGCCCCGCCCAGCGAGACGACCCAGCAGCCCUCAGCUCCAGCAGCCGUCGUGUCUGGACACAAUGCUGAGAACCAUGCAGAAGUCACUAAGAACACUGGAGGACAGGCCAGCAAGGCUCUGUGUAAAGAAGACAUUGCAGCCCUCAAGUCUCGUCUUCAGAGGAUCAAGAAACAUGCAGAGGAAGUAACGAGCACAGCUGCUGCUUCAGUUUCCACAUCAGCAGCUGGUCCAGCACCCAACAAAACAAAUGUCCCUCUCCCCAAAACCAGCAAACCCCCUGCUUCUGAUGCUAAGGCCCUCAAACUCACGGUAGCACGAGCCAAAGAGCUCGCAGCUAAAGCUCAGAGGAGAAACGAGGAGAGAGAGGCCGAGGAGAGCAAGCAGAGCGAGACACAAACCCAGGACAGCUCUGAGCUCCCAGCGUACCAGCGGUACCACACCCUCGCCCAGGCGGUCCCCCCAGGACUCUCCCUGCCCUAUCAGUACAAAGUGCUGGCCGAGAUGUUCAGGAGCAUGGACACGGUGGUCGCCAUGCUGUACAACCGCUGCGAGACGGUCACCUUCGCCAAGGUCAAACAGGGAGUUCAGGACAUGAUGCACAAGCGGUUUGAAGAGAGCCACGUGGGUCAGAUAAAGACAGCGUUCCCUGAGGCCUACACGUUCAGACAGGAGAAGAACAUCCCAACCUUCAACAGCAGCAUCAAGAGGAGCAGCUACCAGCUCACAGUGGAGCCCGUCAUUCUCUCAGACCAGAAUGAAGCGCGCCCCCUCCUGUCGGCCUCUCGUCUCCUAGAGAGAAGACACAUCUUCCACCAGAACCUGGUCUCCAUUGUCAAACAGCACCACAAGGUCUUCCUGUCUUCGCUGGUUCCUCCGGUGUCCAUUCCAGAAGACAAACUAACCCGCUGGCACCCACGCUUUAAUGUGGACACUGUGCCAGCCAUCCAGGCCUGCCCUCUUCCUCAGCCUCCACACACAGAGAAACUGGCCACGGCUCAGGAGGUGCUGGACAAGGCCCGGUCACUCAUCACACCCAAGAUGGAGAAGGCUCUGGUUUCUCUGGCUCUGAAGACAGAAGAUACAGCUGCAGAGAGUAAAGAGCCAACACCUGCACAGAACCCAACAGCCCCCCAGACAUCAGCUCCAUCAGCUGCUCCUGCAGCUCAGCUCCCAUCUGCCCUGAAAGGAGUCUCCCAGUCCUUGCUAGACAGGAUUCGAGCGAAGGAGGCGCAGAAGCUCCAGGCGGCCAUGACUCGCAACUCCGCCCAGGAGGAGCGCCUGCUGAUGAUGUCACGGCUCGGGGAGCUGGCGAGGAUCCUCCGGAACGUUUUUGUUGCAGAGAAGAAGCCGGCUUUAAUAAUGGAGGUGGCCUGUAACAGGAUGGUGGCCAGCUACAGGUCCGCCCUCAGCGCAGGUGAAAUGGAGAAACACGUCCGUCUGUUGUCAGAGGUUGCUGCCGAUUGGCUGACCAUCCAUCCAAUCAGGAAGGACUUCUACCUGAAGUUGAACAAGAACAUGGAGCUCAGCAUUGUUCUGGACAAACUGAGCAGAAGACUGAGGGAGGAGGAGAGACUCUGAGAGACUGAGUGCUGAUGUGGUGACCUUUCCUUUUGUCAGUGAACUGUCCACCGUCCUCACGUCCCUGCUGUGUGAGCGGCCAGCACACUGACGGCAAACUGCUUUUAUGAGCCACUUUUUAGGUGAAUUUCACUGGUUCGUUGGCAGCAGGUUCAUGACACCAGAAAGUCCAAAUAUCCUGGGACCACCUGGUAUUUCCUCUACCCUCCUGUGUUGUAAACAGGUUGUUUUAACCACACUCUUUUUAUAGUUACAGGUGUGCUUGUUUUUUUUUGUUUGUUUUUUUUCCUGUUUUUUUUUUUUCUCCAUGAAAGGAUUAUAUUGGUGCACACAGAUCUGCUUCCAGUCUUGGUAGAGAUCAGUUUUCUACAGUGUAGAACUGAUGAGUGUUUACAUUUUUAAGUCGUUGUUUGAUAAUGUUUAAGAAAUACAGACAUUUGUCACAGCUUUUUUUUUUUCUGAGAGUGCAAUUUAUUAAAUAGAACAGUUUGUGAAACAAAGGCAGUAACUGCAUUAAUGAUCUGACAGUGCUGGUAAAUUAUUCCUGUAAAGAUUACACAAGAGAAAGAAAGAAGAAAGCGAAGGUGUCAUCAGUGACCGUAUGGGGGGGGGGGGGGGGGUGUUGAUCACAAGUAGCAGAAAGUUGUGGUUUGUUUUCCCAGAUUGUGAGAUUACUGCCUCCACCACAAUAUGA